UCCGGUGGCCGGUUGGUCUACGUAAGACCGUUCUUCUCCAGCAAGAAAGACGCGGUUUUCAGGCCGAAAUCCACAUCAGCCCUUGCCCAAGUCUCCGCCAUGGAAACUCCGACAAAGUCAAACCCAGAGACCCAACCCUGUACCAAGGAAGGAAAUUUUGGGAAGACUUUGUGACUGUCAUCUGACCUCGCGUGGGGCGAUAAUAACUAUAUUGCUUCCAUGAUUCUGAAUUUUGUUUACUAAACCCAUCUUUUUGCUUUCCUUGUCGCGAUAUGCCAGAUGGGAAUUGGACUCAGCUGUACGUUUUAACUCGCCGAUUAGCAAUUUCCCCCUUGGCCCUUCCUUUCAUUCUUUUCUUUAUUCCUGGGUCUGUGUGAAAAUUCAAAGUUGGCUCUGAAAAAGAGAAGAGUCCCAAACUAAUCAAACAAGCAACCCCUCGACGAAGAAAACCCAAAAAAGAAAGAACACGCGCGCACAGUUCCUCCCCACUUUUUCCUACUCGUUCUCCUGUUGAUUCUAGGCAGGAGAUUCAAGGACGAAAUACCUUAUUAGGGUGUAAUAGAUUCAGAGGAACAUGUCUACCAAUGCUGCUGCUUGUGCCGAGAGAGCAACAAAUGAUAUGCUUAUUGCUCCCGAUUGGGCAAUAAAUAUUGAGCUCUGUGAUAUCGUUAACAUGGAUCCUAGGCAAGGGAAAGAUGCAUUGAAGAUACUCAAGAAGCGUCUAGCUAGCAAAAAUCCCAAAACACAACUUCUAGCUCUUUAUGCAUUGGAGGCUCUAAGCAAAAACUGCGGCGAUAAUGUUUUAAAGCUGAUUGUAGAUCGUAAAAUCCUGCACGAAAUGGUUAAAAUUGUAAAGAAGAAGCAGCCCGAUUCAAAUGUACGGGACAAGAUAUUAACUUUGGUAGAUGCAUGGCAAGAAGCAUUUGGUGGUGGCUCCAAGGGAAAGUAUCCACAAUACUAUGCAGCGUACAUUGAGUUGAAGAAUGCUGGCUUUCAAUUUCCACCAAGAGAAGAGAAUGUUGGGCAGUUCUUUAGUCCACCUGAGAUACAGCCAACUUUAGAGGACCCUGUUUCGGCUUACGAUGAUUUUUCUGUGCAGGCCUCUCUCCAGUCUGAUGCUUCUGAUUUAAGCUUGCCAGAAAUUCAAAAUGCACAGGGACUAUCAGAUGUUUUAAUGGAAAUGCUUGGUGCACUGGACCCUAAGACUCCGGAGGCUUUGAAGCAAGAAGUGAUUGUUGAUCUUGUUGACCAAUGCCGUUCCUACCACAGCCGUGUCAUGAUGCUUGUGAAUGAGACCACAGACGAGGAACUUUUAUGUCAAGGGUUGGUGUUGAAUGAUAGUCUGCAGCGUGUACUUAGCUUCCAUGACGACAUUGCAAAAGGAACAUUAGUGACAGCAGGUAGAAGAACAGAACCUUCUGUUCCAACGGUUCCCUAUAUGAACCCUGAAGAUGAUGAGUCGGAUGAUGAUUUUACCCCAUUAGCUCGCAGGUCAACGAGAGAUCACAUUUAUGAAAGGGACAGGAAACUGUCGAAUGGUCAAUCAUCCCGAGUUAGUCCACUUCCUUCACCCUCAUCAAAGAAGGCGAUCCGCGUGGACAUGAUUGAUCAUCUGAGCGGCGACACGUACAAACCUCAAGGAUCUCCAAGGACAGCAGAGCCUCCAUCCUAUCCACCUCCAGUUUUCCCACCUUCACCAACAACUUCAUCUACCUCACCUUUCCACACUACUAGGCAGCCUCUGUUCGACGAACCACCUCCAAGAAUGAUAUCCACGAAUCCACUCCGGGACACCCAAUCUCCGGGCUCGCUCCCUCCCCCACCCUCGAGAUAUAAUCAAAGACAACAAUUUUUUGAGCAACAAAAAGCUGUUACAGGAGGCAGUCUGCCCCAUUUGGGCAACGGUACUUAUGGUUCAUCUGAUGACAACAUAGUGGGACAAACUAAGAAUCUGUCGCUCGGUCCUUCCACUCCAACCAGAUCCGCAGACCAUGAAGAAGCCCUUUUCAAAGAACUGGUGGAUUUUGCCAAUACCAAAUCAUCUCCAUCAUCAAAACCCAGCCGACCAUUCUGAGACACGAGUAGCGAAGACUGAUGAUGUUUUUUCUUUGUUUUUGUGGUUGUAGACAGGUGAUGUGGUUCCUUUGACGAGGCUGAUGUAUAUUCAUGAACAAAGUAUCCAUUUUGUUUUGUAGUAGAGUUAGAAUUUGUUGAUGUUGCUUUGGA